AUUCGGCACCAACAAGCCUGGACUAGUCCGGCAUCCAACACCGUGGAGGUCCGUAACUCGUCCAAGCAAGCCCUGUUGCCUGCAGCCAGCAGCAGAGGAAGAAGGAGGCAGAGGCGCCGGAGACUGUGCUGCCGGAGGUGGUGGAAGCACAGCUGGAGAGGGACCUGCUGGCGAGGAGACGCAGCUUCAUGUAUUGGCUGCAGCGCCUUCUUGGUGCACGUGGCCAGCUCCUGCCCGCUGGCGGCCAACGGCUCCAUGCUGGAUUUCAACUUGGCCCUCGUCUUCAACAAGAACCCGCUGGUCUGCUACGACCCCGACGCCCAGCGCUUCGUCCCCUGUGACUGGGGGCUGCUCCACCCCGUCGCCACCCAACUCGCUGCCAUCCUCAACAACGGCACCGCCUGGGUGCAGCGCGCCGAAGCCCGGCGUUGGGCUUGUGACGACCUGACCCCCCAAUUCUGGGCCCAGAUGGUGAUGUGGAGGAGUGAGGCCUGCAGCGCACGGGGGCUUUGCACAGGGGCAUCAUGCACAGGAGCUUUGCACGGGGACGUGGCGUGGGGUGUGGCGACAUUGCACAACAGGGACGUCGUGGGCCCCGGUGAGCACCCCCCCAUCUCCGCCAUCCCCAACGGUGACUGGACCUACCAGGCGCAGGUCACCUUGAUGGUGGCCCCGUUGGCCGGAGACACCUUCACGUGCUCAGUGCAACACGCCAGCCUGGACCGGCCCCUCCUGGAGGACUGGGGUCCCACCUUGUCGCCAGGGCUGAUGGGGAAGGUGGCUGCGGCCACUGUGCUGAUGGUGUUGGGGCUCAGCACCUUCAUUGCCGGCCUCUACCAGUACCGGGCCAGGCCACCGGCACUGGGUUACACUCCCCUCCCCGGAGACAACUCCCCUGCAGGAGGAGACCCAUCGGGCGGUGCGCGAAGCCGUAGAGAAGUUCAGCAGCAAGGUCCAGUCAUGGAGCUAGAAGUGGUGAAGCAAGGCCUCCGCGUGCUCUGGGAGCAACUGGCGCAGCGCUUUGCGUGGUCAGUAAGGCGCAUGGAGCUGCUGCGGUGUCUGCAGAACUUUCGGAUGGAGACGAGGGAGACGCCCGCAAACCUGGAAGAGGCGCAGAAGGCAGCAGAGGCUCUGGGGACCGAUGGAGCAGCCGGCAGAGGUUCUGUGCAGAGCUCCACAAACAUGGCAAAGAGCAAGGAGCUACUGCAGCAUAUGGAGGAGACCCAUCAGGAGGUGCGCGAAGCCAUAGAGAAGUUCAACAGCAAGUCUCCCAGUGCCCUGGGGCAGUGGGGUAGCGAGUGGGCGUGGCCCUGGGGCUGGAGGGGGGUGAGGGUGCCCAGGUGCCAGCCCAGCCGCCCGCAUGAUGCGCCCGGUGUUUUGCAGGGGGACAAGCACUGUGCCCAGAUGAAGGGCUGGCUGCAGGAGGAGAAGCGCUACAAUGAGGUGCUGCGCCAGGAAAUAGGGCAGCUUGACGAGGCCGUGGAGCAGGAAGAGAUCCGGUCCGGUGCUUAUCAGUGCAAGAUAAGCAAGUUGCUCAAUCCCUGCUCUCGCCCAAGCUGGACUCCCCCAGGGCCCCUUCUGCUGGCUCCUAAUGGCCCUGUAUUCGGCACCAACAAGCCUGGACUAGUCCGGCAUCCAACACCGUGGAGGUCCGUAACUCGUCCAAGCAAGCCCUGUUGCCUGCAGCCAGCAGCAGAGGAAGAAGGAGGCAGAGGCGCCGGAGACUGUGCUGCCGGAGGUGGUGGAAGCACAGCUGGUAAGGGGCAGACGGGUCCGUGGAGGUCACAGCCACUCGUGGGUAGCGGACUGCUACGGUAUGCAGUUUGUCUCGACGUUGCCGGCACACCACCAUUUCCCUGCGUUGCCGUCCUGCCUCGGAAGGCACUGCCCCCCCCCCCCCGCGAUCUGCGGUCGAGCACCACCGUGUGCAUGCGCGAGAGCCAGGGCGUGAAAAGUCUUCCCGAGGAGGCAGCAUGUACCACGCGACGGGUGCCGCUGUAA